UAAAUCGCAAAGAGAACAAAUACAAGUCUAACUCGAUAUGUUUGAGAUUUUAUAUAGACCGCAUGCAGAUCCCGUCAAGUUUCCCUUGACCGAUGGUUGGACGCCCAUGAUUCUCAUCAUCGGUUUCUAUUUGUUUAUUGUGCUAAAGCUUGGACGAGAUAUCAUGGCGCAUCGGCAACCUUACGAUCUCAAAAAAGUACUCAAAGUAUACAAUCUUGCUCAGAUCCUGUACAAUUCUAGUGUUUUCAUAUUGAUAACGUACAUUAUUUUUGGGAAAAGACCCUACAAUUUGAAUUGUCUUAUAACAUUGCCACUUGAUCAUCCGCUGAAGAUGACGGAACGCCUGGUUGCUUAUUCAUAUUAUAUCAACAAAAUCAUGGACCUAUUGGACACCGUUUUCAUAGUUCUGCGAAGGAGCUUUAGGCAAAUCUCGGCGUUACAUCUUAUUCAUCAUGUGUACAUGGUUGUUGGAUCUUACGUUAUGAUACGAUACACUGGUUAUGGUGGUCAAGUGUUGAUAACGGGAUAUCUUAACGUAUUCGUGCACUCUGUGAUGUAUGGAUAUUACUACCUCUCAUCGCAGUACCCGCUUAUAAAGCAAAGUCUAUGGUGGAAGAAAUACAUUACUAUUCUACAGAUGGUUCAGUUCCUGCUCAUCUUUGCGCACAAUGCUUGGACCUAUAUGCAACCUAACUGUGGUGUCUCACCUUACGUUAUAUUUCUGAUAUUCUUCAUGUCAUCGUUCAUGUUCGUGAUGUUUACCAACUUCUAUAUACAAUCCUAUAUACGACCAAAAAAGAAAACGACCAAAGAAGAUACAAAGCUGAAUUAAAAUUUAA